UGUUUCCUCAGAGCAGUUUUCCACUUCUGAUAGAUUCCAAACUUAUACAAGCUGUGGACAUUCAUGUCAGAUUGUGACCGACGCGAUAGCUUCACCAUCUUCAUGAUCGUUACUCGUGAUCGUCGCCAAUUAUAAAAGUGACACAAUGGUAAUGUGAUGACAGAGAAAUUGUCGGUUGCAUGAGUCGUUACUAUAGAAGUCUACUAUGACUAUUGAUAAAUGGAAGCAAUAGCUCAUCAGAUCGAAACAAGCUAUCGUGACUGACCAUGAGCAAGCGAUGGAAUGUUCUGAUUCGAUUGGAGUACUAAAUACAUGUAUGUCCAUCUCGUAAUGGCGAAGGACGACACAGAAACAAGAACAAGCAAAUUGUUUAUCACAUAAAACCACAUACGAUUUUCCAAUUAGAGUAAUUGCCAAAACUACAUGGGAUUACAAGCAGACAGGAAAAGACCAGGAAGACCAUGACCAUGCUAUAAUUUCAAUGAUUGGGAGGAUCACACGGAGGGUUGAACAUGGCAAACCAUGUCAGAAUGAACGGAAUCCCAUUAAACCGGAAUAUUUGCCAACUCCGGUAAGCACAUUCUGGAUGAGGGACGUUUACGGCGGCUUUCAAUAGUCUAUGACUUGUUUAUCGUGGAUACAUUGUUGUCGUUUACCUUGCAUGACGAGGAUAGGCUUGAAAACUGUUUUCGGAUUGUAAGCAAACGCUUUGAACUAUCAAACAGACUGCCGCUUUCAAGAUACAAUAAAACGAUUCAUAUGGGUAAUGGAUGUUUAUGGAUCAUAAUUAUUCUUCUUAGAAUAUCUGCUCAUUUCGUCAAGCAGAAGGAUAUACUGGACUUCUCAUGUUCAAGUUGUUUCCUUGAAGGUGGCUAUUAGUCCCGGAUACUCCACCGUGAUUGACAGACACAUAUCACAAGAGAGAGGACUUGGCAGCGGACAUUCCUUCCAGUAAAAGGGGGUAGUCGUUCUUGUCACGGAUAACGUUUUCGUGGACACUUUUGCUUUUAUUCUCCAAUGGACAGCGCGAUGUUACCAACAAUGAUAUUGGAGACGCAUCAGAAUGAUAUCGAAACGGAUUGUACGGUAUUUUAGUAACGCGUGCUUAUCAAAUUAGUAUCAUGACACAUUGUCCAUAUAUUGUAAUUAACUGUCAGGACCGAGAUAGAUAAGCGUUGUCUGAUAUCUUCGUUGACAAUGAACAAUAUUGUUACUGUACGGAGAUCAUUCUAUUCGGGUAGUCUGUGAACUAGACUCUGACUGAGUGGUUUUCUGGACAGGAAUUCCGGCUGUGACAUGCGGCGGACCGGAUGAUGAAAAGAGUGCCUAGUUGAAAGAUAGAUUAGACUGAUUCAAUGUUUGGAUAACAGGACAACGUUCCAGAGGCUUCUAAAUCAACACUUUACCGGAUAGAUACUUUAGGCACUUGAGUAUGACGCAGUCAUCUGAGUUGUCUUCUCUCCACUUUCGUAACCAAUGAUCAUCACCAUUAUGGCCCUUCGAACCGGAUACUUUCGGGAAGGCCUCAACCUAGGCAAAAACUAAACAAUUUGGCGAAGUGGCAAAUAUCAUUUGAUGUGACCAUUGGAGUUAGAACAUAUUUUCGCUCGCUGAUACUGGCACAUUCCUCUCGUGUUUGAGUAACAGUGACCAUGUUGGGCUACAUGCUGGUUAGAAAUGAGCGGAAGCCACGCUCUAUUCAACAGCUUCUUCGAGCCCAGCGAGAGCAACAGGAGAGAGCUAUGGCCGCUGAGAAGGCCGCCCAGGGCCACGAGGAGCAGCCAUCGAGUGAAGACGAGGCAAAGAAGGCUCAAGAAAACAGGCAACCGACUCCAGUCAGAGAAGCCAUGAAGCGGAGGAAGAGAGACGUUUUAGCAAGAAAACAGAAACACCCUCGGCCGAAAUACUCACAGCUCGUCAUGGAUGACAAGAAACAAAGACAGUUUAACAACAACCGGAGUUAUGAUCGGCUCAUGGAGAGUUAUGGCAGGGGUAAAAACGAUGAGAAGUUGGAAGCUUGGCUGGAUAUGAUGUACCCAAGGAUGGACCACAUGUCCGCGACUAUCAUCGGGAUGAAGAAGCGCCUGGAGCGCUUUCAGAGCAGAGAGGCGAUGGUGACGAAUCCCAAGGAAGGCGGUGUGCAGACGCUGAUGAAUAACUACAAGGUGUAUUCUUUGUAUCCGGAGGUUUUGAAGGAAAAGAGACAGAGAGUGAGGCGGGGGUCUGGGAGUGGGAGCUCGUCAGGGAGCCAGGACUCUUCACAAGUUUUCAAUCGUGUGCCGAAGCUCCCGCCGAUAAAAAAUGAAUCGAGGUCGAGUUUGGGUGGUGUUUCUGAGGGUGAUAUUCAUUUAGAGUUGGAGAAGAGUUCUAAGAAUGGUUCGGUGCGCUCCGGGGAGAGUCGGCGUAAGAAAGGGCAGCGGGAUAGCGCUGGGAGUACAGGCAGCAAUGGUAAGAGCAAGGAUGAAGCUUCCAAUCCUCCGCUUAAACUUCCUCCCGCUCCGAAGAAGGGGAUCUUGCACAACGCACCGAUUCAGGCCAAGCCGGAUAUCAAGUCCGACCAUCAUAAAAAUGACGAGGGUGACGUUGCAGAUCUACCUCCAAAGAAGGAGAAGAAGAAGGUGGCGAUCAUGACGCCGAUAAUGAGCCGCGAGGGGACACAGGUGACUCCAGAAGAUGGCGAGACGGAACGGACGGAAGCUAAAACGGAUGCGGAAAGACAAGAGGAAGAGGAUGAGAUGGCAGAGUUUGCUGCCUUCAGAGAACGCAUGCGCGAUUCUAUGCGACGCCGGAGCUCCGUCAACUCGAAGAAUAGUGCAGCAGCUCUUGCCCAGGCAGCUGAGAAUAAGAAUAAGAUCGAGGAGAUCAAGCAGCAGAUUCUGGCGAUGCGGCGCGGGGAAAACGGAGGAGAGGACUUCGAGUUGGAGAUGUCGCGCCGGAAAUCACUGAUGGUACUCAUGGGUGAUGAUUACGAUGAGGAGGACAUGGCGUGGUUGGUGGACGUUGAGGAGCCAGAGAAGCUUUGGAAAGAUGUCAAAAGCUGUCGCUACCUACGCGGCCACGACCCGACGGAGAUGCAGGUGCCUGACGGACCGCUACAGGAGUUUGUGUUUUGGAAAGGCGACUUCGCGCAGGAGUCGAGUUUUGAGCGGGAACAGAAUGAGAAGAAGAUGAAAGAGUUGGCUGAUGCUGGGGUCGAGGGGGCCGGCUAUGAUAGUGAUGUGGGCGCUAUCAACUCAGUGGGGGAGGCGACAAGGCGUAUCUCGCUUUCAGAAACCACAAAGCGGAAGUCAAUGGAAAACAUUUUCAAGUAGAAACUCUUGAUACUGCAGGCACCACAUGACUUUACAGACUCAAUGCUCUCUCAAGGAAAUGACUGUUUAUUAACAUGUACUUUAGAGUCGGUUAUACUUUGCUCGGGAGAAGGUUACUUUGCCCGGGAGAUAGGCCACUUUGCCUGGGAGUACGCGUUUUAUUAACGUAUUGCCAUCUCGUGGUCGCCUGAUGAGGUUUCCAAUGGCCGGGUAUCACAAGGAAUGAAAAACUAUUGAACUUUGCCGCAAAAAAGUCGCGAGAGGUAGUCCAGAUCAUUGUUCUCAACCUGUCCUGCCUAAAGAUGUUCGGAGAUGACUUGGAUGCGCAUAAUACCAAUAAGAGAACAUAGCCGAAUCAUAGAUUUAGUUUUUUUAAUACAUUUUUUAUCCAAUUCCUGUUCAAGCUUUUCGAUGUAGUUGAUCCGUGCAGAAUCGGUGCGUAGCUAAUCUGUGAUUAUGAAAAUGUAUUAAAAAUGCACAUGAAAAUAAUGUUGUUCCUU